GUUUGCUCCAGCUCUAAGUAGAGUGCAGUCAAAAAGAUUAUGUAUACAUAUUCCUUUUUUGCAGAUGCUAUAGUGACUGUUGUAUUUUGAUUUCUGUUUUGGGGGUAGUUUUGGUAAAUAUAGGAAAAGCAUGUAUGAUCCAGAAGAUGAAAAUUUUGAGGAAGAUGAAGCAGAAGAAAUCACUGCUGAUUUAUGGCAGGAAGCAUGUUGGAUUGUCAUCAGUGCAUAUUUUGAUGAAAAAGGUCUUGUCCGUCAGCAGCUUGAUUCAUUUGAUGAAUUCAUUCAGAUGUCUGUGCAACGAAUUGUAGAAGAUACUCCCCAGAUUGAUCUUCAAGCAGAAGCCCAACAUUCAACUGGUGAAGUGGAAAAUCCUCCUCGCUAUCUUGUGAAGUUUGAACAAAUAUAUCUCUCCAAGCCUACUCAUUGGGAAAAAGAUGGUGCACCUAGUCCCAUGAUGCCUAACGAAGCUAGAUUAAGAAAUUUAACAUAUUCAGCUCCCUUGUAUGUUGACAUAACAAAAACUGUUGUUAAAGAAGGUGAAGAACCAGUUGAAUCUCAACUGCAAAAAAGUUUUAUUGGUAAAAUUCCGAUAAUGUUAAGGUCUACUUAUUGUCUCUUGAAUGGACUGACUGAUCGUGAUCUUACUGAGUUAAAUGAAUGUCCUUUGGAUCCAGGAGGUUAUUUCAUUAUCAAUGGAUCAGAAAAGGUACUGAUUGCUCAGGAAAAGAUGGCUACAAAUUCUGUGUAUGUCUUUCAAAUGAAAGAUUCCAAGUAUGCUUACAAAUCUGAGUGCAGAUCAUGCUUAGAACAUUCUUCUCGUCCUACUAGCACUUUGUGGGUUAAUAUGUUAGCUAGAGGUGGUCAGGGUGUCAGGAAAAGUGCCAUUGGGCAACGAAUAAUAGCGAUUUUACCAUACAUUAAACAAGAAAUUCCUAUUAUGAUUGUAUUUCGGGCAUUGGGUUUUGUUGCCGAUAGAGAUAUUUUGGAACAUAUAAUAUAUGACUUUGAAGAUCAGGAAAUGAUGGAAAUG